UCAGUACAUGAUGGGCUUAAGAUCACAAAUCACUGGUCCCUUACUGGGGGUAGCAGCUGACCUGCCAGGUGACAUGGUAAAUGAUUAUGAACUGUUUAAGCAGGAGGCCAGACUCAGGAUGGGACUCACUCCUGAACAGGCCCGUAUCGCUUCAGGGCCUCCAAGUGGACCCCAAAUACACCAUUCCCCGAACAUGCUAGUCGUGUACUCAAAAACUGGGAAACCUGGCUCUCUGGAGAGAAGGCCCACACUCAGGAAGAAAUCUCUCUCCUGAUGCAGAUGGAACAGUUCUUCGAGGAUGUUCCAGGAGAGAUUAGAGGGUACAUCCUGGACAGAAAACCAAAAAACCUCAAAGAGGCAGCAGUGCUUGGGGCCAGAUGGAUGGAACUCAGGGGCCACAGCAAUCUGGAAAGCAGUCUGAGGGGGGCCAUCAACAACUGGGGAUCCUCCCGACCCCCACCCCGCAGAGAAGGGCCCUAUACACACCCAGGGAGACCCCAGAUCUCUCCUCGUUCCUCCAUACCAUCUGCUGGGAGCCUCCCUGUUCCAAUGAUACAGCUGUGAUGCGAUGCUUUAAAUGUAAUGAACCGGGGCAUGUAAAGGCCGACUGUCCCCAGAGCACCAACCGGCUACAACUCAUGACUCCGGGGUUGCCACAAGGAGCCUCAGGCCCAGAUGCCUCACUGAUCCCCCCAGCGUGGAGGGAGACUGUGAGAGUGGGGGGACGGGAGGUUGUUGCAUGGAGAGACACCAGGGCACAAGUGUCAGUGAUUCACCACUCUCUAGUGGACCCCAAAGCCAUUGAUCCAGAGACUCUAGUCACCAUUCAACCCUUCAAGGUCGACCCAUUCGACCUGCCUACAGCCAAGCUACCAGUUCAGUACAAGGGCUGGUCUGGAACUUGGACUUUCGCAGUCUAUGAUGACUACGCCAUUCCUAUGCUGGUCGGGAAAGAUUUGGCCAACCAUGUAAAACAAGCUAAGAGGGUGGGAGUGAUCAUGCGUAGCAAGGCUACUCAGGCUGUACACCCAGACACCCCAAACCCUGCACAACAUCGGACCAAGCUAGCAGCAAUAGAAGCUAAGGAAGCAAUGAAAAUGGACUGCUUGCCUGUGACCAGCUCCAGCUGGAAGAAGCAGGAAACAUCAAAGGGCCCUCUGAGUCUGACACUAAAGACCAUUAAGCUAGAAGUUGUAUUACCUUUGCUAACCACCUGCAUCAAGCACUGGGUGAUUGAUGUAUGACAAGUGUUCUCAUUAACAAUCUUACUCUCAACAGUUUCUUUCUUUUAUUAAUGUAUCUUUAGAGUUUAGAUUCUAAAGGAUUGGCCCAGCGGGAUCUUGUGGGUAAGAUCUAAAGUGAAAAUUGGCUUGGAACUGUGGCUGAGUCCUUUGGACCAGGAGGAUCUGUUUGGAGUUGGUGAGUGUGGGUUUUAUAACCUCUCACUAGUGUGAGGCCUAAGUCUGGUGAUGGCACCGGGAAGCUGGAGUGUCUAAGGGGUUUUGUUGGUGAGGCUUCCUGCUGGCUGGGGAGGCAGCUGAAGUGCUCGGUGUAAUUUGAGGGGUGCCUGGGGAAGGACCCCAGUGGAAGGCGGUAAGUAGCCUGGAUUUUAAGCAAUUCACCCUGAGCUGACACCCUCAGCGGUGCCAAGACCUGGCCUGGUGUAUUUCUCAAGAGAUACAGAACCUGGUCAAUGAACUUUAGAUCAAGACCCCAUGCUAUUCUAAAUUUGAUUUUGAGACUGAGAGUUUGAUUGGUUAAUGAGGCUUUUCUGGACUCAAUUACUUAGUAUACUUUCUGUAUAUCUGUUAUGGUAUUCCAUGGAUAUGGAAGCAUUUUGUUUACUUUUCAUGUUUUAAAUAGUCUAGUAAAGUGUGCAUAAAUGUAUUUACUGUGUUUUAUCUCAGACCUCCAGGAAGAAAUCACAGCCAGUGUAACCAGAGGCUGUCCAGCACCGUCUAUAAUUUGGGGG